AUGUAUACUACAUACUAGCUUUAUCGGAAUAAAGUAGUGGUGAGUUAUAUAAGUAAAUCAGUAGAGACAAAAUUGAUAGAACAAAUUGGUAUCAUUAUUUAAAAGUUUAGUUAUUUGUAAAAGAACGCUACAUUAAAGAUAUUAGAUUAUAUAUAUAAAUUAUAUCUUAUAUCCAUUUUAUUCAAAGAUUAUUAUUCCAAUUUUCAAGUAUGCAUAUAUUACAAAGAAAUAUUUUACAUUAUAUUCCUUCAUUAAAUCGAUCAAUGCAUCUUUUAAAAGAUUUAGCAUAUAUAAAUGGAAAAUGGGUAUCAGCAAUAAAACAACAAACAUUUCCUGUUUAUAAUCCAAUUGAUAAAUCUAUUAUUAAAAAUGUUCCUGAUAUGGAUGUUGAAGAUACAAAGUUAGCAAUUAAUUCAGCAUUUGAAGCUUUUAAAUCAUUUAAGAAAACAACAGCAAAGGAACGAAGUAAUUUACUUAGAAAUUGGUACAAUCUAAUUGUGAAACAUUCAGAAGAUUUAGCAAAAAUUUUAACCAAAGAAAAUGGGAAGUCUAUUGCUGAAUCUAAAGAUGAAAUCAGAUAUGGAAAUUCAUAUAUUGAAUGGUUUUCAGAAGAAGCUAGAAGAAUUGAAGGAGAAAUAUUGCAAGCACCAAUAUCUAAUAGAAAUCUUUUAUUGUGGAAAGAACCAAUUGGCGUUGCUGCUUUAAUUACACCAUGGAAUUUUCCAUUUGCUAUGAUUACACGUAAAGCAGCUGCUGCUCUUGCUGUUGGAUGUACCUGUAUAAUUAAACCAUCAGAAGAUACACCUCUUAUUGCUUUAGCAUUAGUUGAGCUUGCAGAAAAAGCAGGUUUUCCUCAAGGAACAAUAAAUGUAAUUACAACAAGUCAAAAAAAUUCUCCUAUUGUUGGUAAAGAAUUAUGUGAAAAUUCUAAUACAAGAGUUUUAUCAUUUACUGGUUCAACAAAUGUUGGAAAAAUUUUAUAUCAACAAUGUGCUUCAAAUGUAAAGCGGCUUUGCCUUGAAUUAGGAGGUAAUGCGUCAUUUAUUGUUUUUGAUUCUGCAGAUAUAGAUUUAGCUAUAAAAGGUGCUAUGGCAAGUAAAUUUCGUAAUUGUGGUCAGACAUGUGUAUCUGCAAACAGAUUUUUUGUACAGAAUAGCAAAUUUGAUCAAUUUGUAGAAAUGUUGCUAUCAAAAAUUAAAACUGAAAUUAGAAUGGGUGAUGGUAGCAAGAAAGACACUACACAUGGUCCUCUGACUAAAAAAAGUCAAUUAGAUCUAAUACAUGCAUUAGUUACUGAUGCUGUAAAAAAAGGAGCAAAAUUACAUUGUGGUGGUACACCAUUGCCUGAAUUAGGACCAUUAUUUUAUGCUCCUACACUUAUAACAGGAGUUACUAAGGAAAUGGAAAUAUAUAAUCGAGAAAUUUUUGGUCCAGUAGCUGUUAUAUAUAAGUUUGAUACUGAAGAUGAAGUUAUACAAAAAUCCAAUAAUGUAUCUGUUGGUUUAGCUGGAUAUUUCUAUUCUCAAGAUCUAUCACAAAUAUUUAGGGUAGCAAAACAAUUAGAAGUUGGAAUGAUUGGUGUAAAUGAAGGAUUAAUUUCUACUGCAGAAGCUGCUUUUGGAGGUAUAAAAGAAUCAGGUUUAGGAAGAGAAGGUUCUAAACAUGGUAUUGAAGAUUUUCUUGAGAUAAAAUAUGUAUGUAUUGGAAAUCUUAAAUAUUAAUGAAGAUAUACAUAUACAAUUUUAUAUAUAUUAUAUAAUAUAUAUUUC